AUGGCGACAUCACCAAGAAUCGUAGUCCGGAAAGCGCAAGAGGAAGAUUAUGAGGCAGUGAUAAAUAUUACAAAGGAAAUCUCCCUGGGUGCCGAUUACCUCUAUGUGCAAUACAGCGAGUUGAUCAAUGAUGCAGAUUCCUCCUAUUAUGUGUGUGAAGUCGAUGGGGAGGUGGCGGCAUUUGAAGGCGUUUCACUACUCGAUGACAACAACACUUUAAUGGCCCGUUCCGCCAGGGUUAAAGACAAAUUUCGAGGCCAGGGACUCCUGAAUCGGAUUAGAAAGAAAAUCUAUGACGAUUAUAAAGAUGUUCCUGGGCAGAAGCGAAUUCGAAAUUGCUGCACGAAUAUUGUCAGACUGGUGGACAGCGCUACGUUCAGGAGCCAGAACAGAUUCCUUGGGACUAGGGCUUUGACAGUAUAUGAUCCUCUCGAUGUUGUAAAAGUACCCGCCGCUUAUACUGAUGACAUCCCUGAAGUCCGGACCGUUGACCCUGAAAUUCUUCGCUACCUAUUUGAGGAGAAGGAAUUGUCCACAUAUCUGUUUCCUUUGGGAUUCCUGGUCGUUAUUUCAUGGUUUUUUGAUCCAUUGGUCAGCAACAUCAAACACAUCAAGAAGCAGCAUCCAUGUGUAAGCAUAUCAGCUGUACUUGGAGAAAGUAUAGAACAGUUAACUUCUACUUCUAAUAUAGAAAAGUCUUAUACGAAUUCCAAGGAAAAAGCACGCGGUCUCUUAGUUUUUUGUUGCCACUACAAAACUCCAACUAUGAUUUUUUUCAACAUUGAAAUCUACGGGAAACCGGUGCAGGGUCAAGAAGACAGCGAAUUAAGGCCUUUUAUAUUCCAUGGCUUGAAACAGGCAGUCUCUGUAAUGGAACAGGAUCAUUCAAAACUUCCGCCCGCUUUGGGCAUUAGCACAGACACUGAUGAACUUUUACAGGUAUGCAAAAAUAUCGUAGCACCGUUGGGGUUUUAUCGCGAUAAAAUGGGAGCAUUUACGAGUCAAAACUUUUUUGAACAAGAGUUUGAACAACUUGCGAAUUAUUAG